UUUUCAUAUUAAACUAAUUAAAAUGUUUUUCUCCCCAAAAUUAAACUCUACAGCAAAAAAUGUUUAUGAUGUAGCCAUUGUUGGUGGGGGAAUUGUUGGGUGUGCUACUGCAAGACAAUUAAAAUUGAGUAAACCAAAUUUACGAGCAGUUUUGGUGGAAAAGGAAGCAAAACUUGCUGCCCACCAAAGCGGUCACAAUAGCGGUGUUUUACAUUCAGGCAUUUAUUAUGUCCCUGGAAGCCUUAAAGCACGCCUAUGUGUCAAAGGCAUCGACAUGGCUUAUAAAUUUUGUGACGAAAAAUCAAUUCCCUACAAAAAAUGUGGAAAGUUGAUUGUUGCUUUAAAUGAGGGGGAAAUUGGAGGACUUGAGAAUCUUUUCGAUCGUUCACAAAAAAAUAAUUGUCGGGAUAUUUCUGUUGUAGAUGCUGCCAGGAUACGAGAAAUUGAGCCUCAUUGUCAGGGUAUAAAAGCCAUCUGGUCUCCCCAUACAGGAAUUGUUGAUUGGGCCGUAGUCACUUUAAAAAUGGCAGAAGAUUUUAAACAAAUGGGCGGGGAUAUUGAACUUGGAUGGACUUUAAAUAAAAUUGAGGAAUCGAAUGAUCCACAAACUCCAAUUAAAUUAAUUGAUUCUAAAGGAAAAGAGAUUUUUGCCAGUUAUGUAAUAACUUGUGCUGGUCUCUACUCUGAUCGAAUUGCUCAACUUUCUGGAGGUUCAGAGCUCCCAAAAAUAAUUCCUUUCCGUGGAGAAUAUCUAAAAUUAAAGCCUGAAAAGCGUUAUUUAGUUAAACAAGCAAAUAUUUAUCCGGUUCCCGACCCUCGAUUUCCUUUUUUGGGAGUUCAUUUUACUCCAACAAUUUACGGUGAUGUUAUACUUGGUCCAAAUGCAGUCAUGGCUUUAAGUCGUGAAGGAUAUAAUAAAUUAGACUUUUCGGCUAAAGAUUUUAUAGAUUCUAUUAAAUAUAGAGGAACACAAAAAUUAAUUUUUAAAUAUGCUUGUUAUGGUUUUGGAGAAUUAACUAGGUCAUUUUAUAUUCCCGCUCAAAUUAAACUUCUUCAGCAAUAUAUUCCUGAAUUGACGUCUAAUGAUGUUGAAAUAGGCCGUACAGGUGUCCGUGCUCAAGCCUUAGACAUUAAAGGCAAUUUAGUUGAUGAGUUUGUUUAUGACAGUGGUAAAGGCCCUCUCUCUUCUCGAAUAAUACAUGUUAGAAAUGCGCCGAGCCCUGCUGCAACUAGUUCACUUGCUAUUGCGGAAAUGAUUUUAGAAAAAUGUGUGGAACAAUUUGGGAUAUAA